ACAAGUUUGAAUUUUCGGUUUUGAGUUUCGCAUGUUUUGAGAAAUGAAAUUUUGUUUCUUUAAAAAUUGUGUUUUUAGAAUAUGGAAAAACUAAAAUAAUUUGAAAAGUGGAAAAAGGUUAAAUAUGUUUAUAAAAAAUGGCUUUAUCAUCUUAUUACGUAUCAUUGAACCGUAAAGAUUUAGCUGAAAGAGCGAUAGUUUCUAAGCGAGAAAGAGAAGCAAGUCGUGCUCAGAGAUGUAAAGAAGUUGCAUCAUAUCAUAAAGAAUUAGCUUUGAAAUCUGAGAAAUAUAAAAACCUGGAAGAAGGAGUAGUAACAAAGGCUCCAAGAGCUAAUGAAGAAUCUGUUGUCAAAUUGAAGAUACAAGAAGAUGCGAAAGAAAAAUUAGUUCGUCGUAGACAGAAACUUUUUCGCCUUCUAGAUGUGGAGAAUAAGCAAUACAUG